AUGGAGGCUGUCAAGGGAGUUGUUCGAAGGCUAAGCGGGAAGAAGAAACGUAGUAUGCUACCUUCUCUUACCUGCACCCCUAUUGAACCAUCAUCAUCAUCAUCAACCACGCCAUCACAACAACAACAACCACAACAUAUACCCAGUGCACCUACGUCCCCUGUACAAAGUCGUCGCACAUCAUCCAGCAUCAGCUCCCUCUCACUUGGAGAUAAGGUGGAGGAGGAUAACAACAGCACUUGUGCAACCAAUGAUGUCGAUACCCAACAUGCCACACCUAGUUCGAGUAGAAAGACAUCAUGUUCAUCUACGUCAGGCCCUGCCACUCCACCCAUGCCACAACAACCACAACAACGCACGCUUACUACCCCAAGUGAUGCUGUUGUCUCCACAACAAAGAAACAACACAUGGACCAACUUACCCCACCCCCUUCACUCCCCGUUUCUCCCGAUGCAAAGCCCGCUCUUGAUAGUGGUGUUAAUCCACUUGAUAAUUACAUCAUCAAGCAAACCCUGGGUACUGGCCAAUUUGGUCGGGUCCAUUUAGCACAAAGCCUUGUGGAUGAUCAACAUUAUGCGAUCAAGAUCAUCAGUAAACACGAUGUUGUACGACAACGGCACACCAAGCACAUCAACAAUGAACGUGCGAUAUUGGAUAGAGUCUCCCAUCCAUUUCUGGUCAACAUGUACGACACUUUUCAAGAUGAUGCGCGCUUAUUCAUUGUGAUGGAGUAUGUUCAAGGUGGUGAAUUAUUCCGUAUUCUACGACGACAGAGAAAGUUUGACGAAGAGACCACGCGAUUUUAUGCUGCCGAAGUUAUUUUGGCAUUGGAGUACAUGCACGAGCUUGAUAUUGCCUAUCGCGAUAUCAAACCUGAAAACAUCCUAUUGGAUGCUCAAGGUCAUAUCAAGAUUGUCGAUUUUGGAUUUGCAAAGAUGGUGCCCGAUUUAACGUGGACCGUAUGUGGGACGCCUGAUUACUUUGCACCCGAGAUUAUUCGAUCCAAAGGAUACAACAAGGCCGUCGACUGGUGGUGUUUGGGUGUCUUGAUUUAUGAAAUGUUGACGGGCAAAGCCCCGUUCACUCAAAAGAAUCCAAUUGACAUGUAUCAAAACAUUCUCGAUUGCCGCGUGCCAUGGCCCGAAGAUAUCAUCAGCCCUGUUGCCAAAGACUUACUACAGCACUUGCUUACCCCGGAUUUAUCAAGACGCUAUGGCAAUCUCAAGGAUGGUGCCCUGGAUAUUAAACAACAUCCAUUCUUUGAAGGCCUCGACUUUAAAGCUAUUCUUGAACGCAAAGUGACCCCGCCUUAUCAACCCGAGAUCGAAAGUGAUAGCGAUGCCACGUGCUUUGACAAGUACGACGAACCAACAACUCCAUAUGAACAACAACCACAACAACCACUAGCCGAUCCUUAUCGUUCCCAGUUCCCUGACUUUUAA